AUGGACGCACAGCACUGCAAAAUGAAUGGUGACCCUUUCCAGGAAUCUAUGUACAUUGAAGAGUCCUCAAAUAAAAAUGGCGUGAUUUCUUUGAUUUUCUCUCUGAAAGAAGAAGUUGGGGCAUUGGCUAAAGUUCUGCGCACAUUUGAGGAAAAAGGUAUAAACCUGACCCACAUUGAGUCUCGACCUUCCCGUCUCAACAAAGAUGAGUACGAAUUCUUCAUUAACUUGGAAGGCAAGAAUGUCCCAGCACUGGACAAGAUCAUCAAGUCCCUGAGAAAUGAUAUCGGAGCAACGGUCCAUGAGCUUUCACGAACAAAGAAGAAGGACACUGUGCCAUGGUUCCCAAGAAGCAUCCAGGAGCUGGACAGGUUUGCCAAUCAGAUCCUAAGCUAUGGAUCAGAAUUGGAUGCUGACCAUCCUGGGUUCAAAGAUCCUGUGUACCGGGCCCGGAGGAAGGAGUUUGCAGAUAUCGCCUACAACUACAGACAUGGCCAGCCUAUUCCUCGAGUUACCUACACGGAAGAAGAAAAGAAAACAUGGGCCACAGUCUUCAGGGAGCUGAAGAGUCUCUAUCCAACUCAUGCUUGUUAUGAACACAACCAUGUGUUCCCACUGCUGGAGAAGUACUGUGGCUACCGGGAGGACAACAUUCCCCAGCUUGAAGACAUUUCAAAAUUCUUGCAGACCUGCACUGGAUUUCGCCUACGUCCUGUUGCAGGCUUACUGUCCUCUCGGGACUUCUUGGCUGGGCUGGCAUUCCGAGUAUUUCACUCUACACAGUAUAUUCGCCAUUCGUCCAAACCCAUGUACACACCAGAGCCUGAUAUUUGCCAUGAGCUGCUAGGACAUGUGCCUCUUUUUGCUGAUCCCAGCUUUGCUCAGUUUUCCCAGGAAAUUGGACUGGCAUCUCUGGGAGCUCCAGAUGAUUUCAUCGAGAAACUCGCUACGGUUUAUUGGUUUACGGUGGAGUUUGGACUAUGUAAAGAAGGCGAUUCACUCAAGGCAUAUGGUGCAGGGCUGCUGUCUUCAUUUGGGGAGCUGCAGUAUUGUUUAUCAAGUAAGCCUGAGAUUCAGCCUCUUGUCCUGGAGAAGACUGCUGUGCAGAAGUACCCUGUUACUGAGUUCCAGCCUGUCUACUAUGUUGCUGAAAGUUUUAAAGAUGCAAAAGAAAAGCUAAGGAAAUUUGCUCAAACAAUCCCUCGUCCUUUCUCUGUUCGGUACAAUCCCUACACCCAGAGGAUUGAAGUCUUGGACAAUGCAAAGCAGCUGAAGAACUUAGCCGACACUAUCAAUGGUGAGAUGGGGAUCCUUUGCAAUGCCCUCCAGAAGAUAAAAUGAAGAUUUGCUGUAACUCACUAAUCACUGCCUACUGACUAGAACCUGCCAUGUGCAAAUACCAAUCUUCAUCUAGUCAGUCUAUUAUCUUCCUGUGUAUUGCAUGAAUGCUUAUUUUACAUACCUUAAUUAGUAUAGAUUAGCAGAGGAAGAGACACCUACAGGUGACCCUCAACAUUUUUGGCCUUCAGACACUAAUUCAUUUUUUCUCACUAAUGCAAAAAAUCCCCU